UUCAUUCAUCAACAACUGGUUUGCACUAAUCUAAUUCAUAUCCCUUAAUCUUCUUCUCCAACCUCCAAUUUUCCCUUCAAUUCUCAACCCACCAUAAAUUAAAUGGAUCCCUUCACCAAUUUCCAACCCUCAUCAAAUAACAACAAACACGAAUCGUCAUGCAUUCUACUUCUGGUUCUACUUCUACUGGCCGUCACCCCGUGUAUCGCGGGGUGAGGCGUAGAAGUAGUGGCAAAUGGGUGUCGGAAAUUCGGGAGCCGAAGAAGCCUAAUAGAAUUUGGUUAGGGACAUAUCCUACUCCAGAAAUGGCUGCAGUUGCAUAUGAUGUCGCCGUCCUUGCCCUAAAAGGCAAAGACGCCGAGUUAAACUUCCCUAACUCGGCUUCUUCGCUCCCGGUUCCGGCUACCUUAUCCCCACGUGACAUUCAAAUGGCUGCGGCUAGUGCUGCCGCCGCGGCCGGAGCAGCAAAAGAUGCCCUAAAUGCUGAAGGAUCAAGUUCAAGCCAAGGGAAUAUUAAUAAAAGCAAUGAAAAUAAUAAUAAUAAUGUUCCUUCAUCAUCAAUGGCACAUGAUUUUGUGGAUGAGGAUUUGAUCUUUGACAUGCCUAAUGUUCUUGUGAACAUGGCAGAAGGAAUGCUUCUUAGUCCUCCUCCUUUUGACAUUGGUGGUGGUGAAGAUGAACCAGAAAACAUGGAUGAUGAGCCAAGCCUGUGGAAUUUCCCUUAA